AUGGCCGCGAAUGCUGGUGCAGCGACUGAAUCAGGUCUUGCUUACGCCUCCCAGCCGUCCCUGUCACAGAUCCAUGCGCGCGCCCGGCUGGGCGCUGCUUCGGCACAGAGCGCCGCGAAGGGCGCAGAGUCCAAUGCGUCGAUGUCGGCCCCGGCAGCUUUGAUGGGUGGAUCCCUGCUCGGGCUGUGCGCCAGCUCCAAGCGCUCCAAGCGCAGCUCAAGGCGAACGGCUUUGCGUGUCGCAACGGCCGACGUCCAGACUCUGAACGCUCCAGAUGGGGAGGAUGAGAUGAUGGCAGGUGUUUCCGGCGGUGCCUUUGGUGGCUACACGCAGUCGAAUGUGUCUGCGCGCCGGGUUGUGCCUUCUGAGGCGCAGAGACAGGGUCGGAAGUACGUCAAAGUGGUUUACGUGGUUCUGGAGUCCCAGUAUCAGUCGGCAAUGACUACUGCCAUCCGUCAGAUCAACAAGUCUCCGGGCCCUGUUUGCAUGGAGUGCGUGGGCUACUUGCUGGAGGAGAUUCGAGACCCUACCAGCGAAGAGGAGCUGGCAAAGGACUUAGAUGACGCCAACAUUUUCAUUUGUUCAUUGAUUUUUGUGCAAGAGCUGGCCGAGAAGCUCGUGAAGAUCGUCGAGCCUCGCCGCGAGAAUCUUGACGCCUGCCUUUGCUUCCCCUCGAUGCCUGAGGUGAUGAAGCAGAACAAGCUUGGCACCUUCGACUUGACACAGAUUGCCGGUGGCCCUCUCGGCAACUUUGCACAGCAGGUGAAGGACUUGAGGCAGAAGUCUUUGGCCAAGAACAAGCCGGCCUCCGGUGGGAACUUCCAGGCACCGCGGACGGGAGCAAACUUGUCUUGGUUGACGAAUGUCAUGAUUCUUGUG